AUGGAAUUACAUGAUCUUCCGCUAGAAAUCGUCGCAGAAAUAUUAUCAAAGGUGAAAAUAGUUUCCUUCUCUUUUCAAUGAAAUUUUCGGUUUUAAAAUGAGAAUUUUCAGUUAUCUUCCAAAGAGUCAUUCAAUUCGCGUGAAGUGUGUAAACGAUUUCAUUCAGCUUUUCUUAGCUUUCAAAGCAAGUAUAAAUAUUUCAAAAUUCACAGCGUCCAAAUUGGGCGUCGCAAUGAUGUUAAUCAGGUUGAUUUUUUCAAGAAAUCGAUAAAAAUAUUUUUCGCAGAUCAUCAUCAAGAAAAAAUUCAAUUCAACAGCAACUCUCGUUGACGCGGCUUUAGCAUUGUCAAUCAUGAAGAAUAGCAAAGUUGAUACAAUACAGGUAUCAUCAUCUGUUCUCCUAUGAUGUUCGAAAGUAAUUCAGGUUGACGUCGAUGACGAACUUUGUGAGCUGCUGGAUUCUUGGGCGCUGAGACGCUCCAAAAUGAUUGUUAAUAAACUAAUCAUCAGAGAUAUUCUGGCAGUCUCCAUCGAGAGAUUGUGGCGAUUCGUAGAGGUCCUCGUCUCGAAGUUUAGUCGUGGAGUCCAGAUUUCUUUCGAUGUCAAAGACAUCUGGCCAGUUUUUAGCAACAUUUACUUCGACAAUGUUUAGACCAUAUCUCAAUUUUCCAAAAAAAAAAAAAGAAAAUCUUUAGGUUGUUGAAGUUCGAGUACGAGGCGCUACUGUUCAGAACGGCAAUGUUCUUAGCCGAAUCGGCAACAAUUUAAAAACCUUAUAUUUCGAAAAACUUUGUCCUUUGGCUACUAACACAAUUAUAAACGUCAUAUCGGUUAGUUUCAUGAAAUUGAUUUCUUAAUCACAAGAGGUGGGCGGCUGGAUUCCAGAGAAUUGAAGAGUGGGUUGUUUUUAUCAAUUCAACUACUUUGGGCGCCUUUCAACAAAAACUUCAAGCUACUAUUUCUUCCAUAACCGAGCUUAAUCUUAACAGGUUUUUUUACAGGUAUAAUUCACAUAAAAUGACUUUUUCAGAUACAUUGUUCACGGAUUACAGAGUUUAACUUUGCUAGUAAUUGUCAAACGAAUCGGUUCUGAUGUAAUUAUAAAGUUGAAAAUGUGA